AUGUCAUCACAAAGGUGUCUGAAAUUUGUCCAAAGUGUCUUCGAGUCUUUUCAGGCCAACUCUGGAUUGGAACCAAGGCUUCUCAAUGGUCUGCGUGUGACAGCAGCUCGCCCCGGCGUCGUGAACUUUGAGCUUCCCAUCGAAAAACACCACACCGUCAGUCUAUCCAGCCUUUCCUCUCAACUCGCCAUAAUACUGAACAAGACUUACAGNAACCGUCUCAAUAUCCUCCACGGCGGCACCAUAGCCAGUAUGGUUGAUCUAGGCGGUUCAUUGGCCGUAGCUUCUCGUGGACUCUUCGCUACAGGCGUUUCGACCGAUCUCAAUGACUUGAUUCGUGCGGAAGUUACCUGUGAUAAAUUCGGCAAAACCCUCGCCUACACAUCCAUAAACUUCCACAACGAAAAGCAAGAAUUGGUCGCUAGAGGAAGUCAUACAAAGUCGGUCAUACUCCCUCUACUUUUGACAUCAGGCACUGACGAUCAUCUACAGNNAUACGUCACUUUGGCUUGGAAAGACCCAAACAACAUCGUCGAAGAGCUGUCGCCGAAGCCAGAGAAGUCUGGUUGA